GCACCUUCCUGCCACCCCGGGGCAGUGUGUGGGCCCUCAGCUCCCCCUCCCUCCACCUGCCCCCUCACACCCACCACCACUGGCCCCUCGGCCACCGGCCCCAGGGACACCCAGCCCAGGCGGAGGAAACACCGAGCCUAGAGACAUGGGAGUUCGAGGAGCGCUCCACCUUCUACUUGUGUGCCUGAGCCCAGCACUACUGUCUGCUGUGAGGAUCAACGGGGAUGGCCAGGAGGUUCUGUACCUGGCGGAAGGUGAUAAUGUGAGGCUGGGCUGCCCCUACAUCCUGGACCCAGAGGACUAUGGUCCCAAUGGGUUGGACAUCGAGUGGAUGCAGGUCAACUCAGACCCCGCCCAUCAGGAGAAUGUGUUCCUUAGCUACCAGGACAAGCGGAUCAACCAUGGCAACCUCCCCCAUCUGCGGCAGAGGGUCCGCUUUGUAGCCCCGGACCCCAGCCAGUACGAUGCCUCCAUUAACCUCAUGGACCUGCAGGUAUCUGACACAGCCACCUAUGAGUGCCGGGUCAAGAAGACCACCAUGGCCAGCCGGAGGGUCAUUGUCACCGUCCAAGCCCGGCCUGCAGUGCCCAUGUGCUGGAGCGAGGGCCAUAUGACGCGUGGCAAUGACCUGGUGCUGAAGUGUUUUGCCAGUGGGGGCUCCCAGCCCCUCUCCUACAGGUGGGCCAAGAUCAGUGGGCACACCCACCCCUACCGGGCUGGGUCUUACCACUCCCAGCACAGCUUCCACACUGAGCUCUCCUACCAGGAAUCUUUUCACAGCUCCAUUAAUCAAGGCCUCCUGAACAAUGGUGACCUGCUGUUGAAGCACAUCUCCCCUGAGGACGAUGGGCUGUACCAGUGCACAGUGGCCAACCACGUGGGCUACAGUGUGUGUGUGGUGGAGGUGAAGGUCUCAGACACCAGGCGCGUGGGCAUGAUCAUCGGCGCCGUGCUGGGCUCUUUGCUCAUGCUGGCCUGCGUGAUGAUGGGCAUCUGGGGGCUCGUCUGCUGCUGCUGCGGGGGCUCCGGGGCUGGCGGCGCCCGCGACUCCUUCGGCUUCGGCACCCGCGGCGGGGUCGACAGAGGGGCCGGCGGAGGGGUCUGCGACAUGGCUAGUGAGAUCAGAGAGGACGCCGUGGCGCCCGGGUGCAAGGCCAGCGGGCGCGGCAGCCGCGUCAACCACCUCCUGGGGCACCCGACGCAGAACGUCAGCCGCUCCCUGCGCCGCAAGUACGCGCCCCCGCCCUGCGGCGGCCCCGAGGACGUGGCCCUGACGCCCUGCGCCGCCGCCGCCGCCUCUGCCGCCUGCGAAGCGGGCCCCUCCCCGGUCUACGUCAAGGUCAAGAGCGCCGAGCCCGCCGACUGCACCCAGGGGCCGCUGCCGGUCAAGGAUGGCCUCUUGGUGUGAGCGCGUUCGCCGCGCCGCGCGGGGCUGUGCCGGGCUGUGCCCCGGCCGGGAGGAGGGCGCGGGGCUCUCUGCCUGCAGCUGCGGACACGUUCGGGCCCGCGCGGGUCUUGCUUGCCCUAAGCCGUCCCGCGGCUGGGGGCUGAAGGCAUUUCCCUCGGGAAAUGCACAGAGAGGUAGCGCUUCCUCCCUUAAAAUAGGAGGGGGUGGGGAAGGCAGAGAAAGGCUGUCCGGAGUCCCGGGGUCCCGAGGCUCCGGAGGAGGGAGGGUGGGAGGAGGAGCGGUGUGAGUGUGAGAGAGCUGCUGAGGCCGGAGGCCCGUUAUCCCCAGCCAAGGCAGAGGGCCCCGAGGGGCCGGACGGGUGGGGAUCUGGAGUGAAUUGUUCUGUGUGUGAGAUCUGAGCUCCCAGGCUGCAAUGUUAGCACAAUAAAGAAACUGUAAGACUUGA